GAUUAAAAAAGUAAAGACACAUAUCGACAUUGUAGCUAUUUGUAGUUGUGUGUAGUUCAAGGCCAACUCGAACGUGACCAAAGUUAUCUCUAAAAAUGAUAAUUCAUACUCGAUCAAAAAAGGAAAGAUUUGCUCGAUUUACGUGUCACAACGUGCAAUUGAAACAACAUCAUCCAAUUCCAAUCCUCCAGGGUUAAUAAAAAUCCCACCGCGAACGUAAGAACAACAUCUCGGAACGAAACAAACAGCAGGUACCAGAAGCGACACCAGCUAAAUAAACCCGCAACACUUAGAUAAAGACAUCGUUCACGUCCGACAAAACCAAUAUUUAGAGGGGUGCGAGACAGUCCGGGAACAGGCACGGGGAACCAUCAACAACAAAUUAUUUUGACAAUUGGCGGGAACAGUAUAAAACCGCGAAAUCCUCAUUCGUCCGGCAUCAAUCUUGCGAAGUUUCCACGAAGAUGAAGAUUCCAGCGAUACUCGCGGCAUCCCUCCUCGUCUGGAGUCUGGCUAGUGCCGACAUCUCGGCCGAACGAGAAUCGCAGCAGCGCGAAGUGUCCAAAAAGAAGGUCCAAGUCGAGGUCCGCGAAAAGAAGGAAUGGAACAGGGAGAGCUGGGACACCAAGUCCAGCGAGUGGGACCUCAAGCCUAGCCCCAGCUGGGAACCUAAGCCUAGCCCCAACUGGGAGCCCAAGCCUAGCCCCAAAUGGGAGCCCAAGUCCAGCGGCUGGGACAACAUAGAUAUCAAAGGACAGGGUUGGGCCCUCGAGGGAGUCAACGUUGGAACCGGAUCGGCGGAGACCGCAGCUGCUUCCGGAGAAGCUUUGGCCCUUAACCUGGGUAUAGGAGAAGCUGCUGCGUCCGCACAAGCUGCAGCCGCGGGUCAGUCGAAUGCCGCUGCCCAAGCCGCGGCAAGCGCGAGCAUGAUGUCCUCGCGGGCUGAAUCUUUGGUAGGGGCAGCAGCCGCCGCCGAGGCAAAUGCGGCCGCCGCUUCCGAAAAAGCGAGUCAAUCUUCCAAGGCGACCAGCGCAGCCGCCAUACAAGCCGAAGAAGCCGUAGGCAAAGCCAAAGCGGCCGCAGGAAGGGCAGAGGUGCUCGCGAGAAACGCUGCAGCAGCUAAUGCUCGUGCCGCCAUUCAGUCCGAGAGGGCGAACGAACUCGCGCAAGCCGAGGACGCAGCCGCAGCCGAAGCUCAGGCCAAGACCGCCGCAGCAGCCAGAGCAACGAAAGUAGCCCUGGAGUUGGCCAAUAUCGCUGUCAGAGCUGAAGCGGAAGCUGCAGCAGCAGCCGAAGCAGCGGCCAAAGCAACCGCCGCUGCCGAUGCAGCCGCAGCACGCGCUGCUGCAGUGAACGCCAUCGCCGACGCGGAAGUCGAGGCUUCCGCCCAGGCCGAGAACACUGCCGGUGUCGCUCAAGCCAGCGCUUCUGCCGCCGCCGAAACGCAAGCCGUCGCCAGCUCCGCAUCCGCGACCGCGGAGGCGUCAGCCGAAAGCGGCGCCGCGAAGGGAGAGCUUAGUUUACCAAAAGACGAUCACGAGCCAAAGGAGGAAAUUAUUAUGCCAAUUAAGGGCGGAAAAUCUAACUGGGAUUAAGAAGCUCCCCGAUCAACGAGGUACGGGUCUGGGUGUGUGAUAUACAGUUUGGAAACAGCUCGAGCAGAUGCACACUUACUUUUCAAGCAGAGUAUUUUCUUGGAUCAGGAAGACAGGAGAUGAUAAAAAAUCAACGAUUAAGUGAAAUAUCGAUGUAAGGAUGCCACUAUUAAACUGUUGUAGCAAAUGAACGAGCGUUUUCAAUAUUCUUCCUCGCAAACCUUUCUCUUUAACCCCUCUUGCAAACCGAUGCCAAUAAACUCGUACGGGCACAUAGCUGGAUUUAUUUCCUAAUGGAAAUUCUCCAUUCACGUGUAGCGACGGUAUAUGAUGGUUCGCGAGCGAGAUUCGACUACCAGUUGCGAAGAAAAUGGCGCUCGGCUGCUCUUCCUUGCUUCUUCCUACUGUAUAUACUUUGUAUUAGAAAUUUAGAAAUUUUCAAACUCCACAAUAAAUUUGCUUAAGUUCACACCCAUAAAUUUCUAAAUCUACAAAUUCCAAAAUCUCCAAAUUCCUGUAUUUCCAAAUUGCUUUUGAAAUAUAUCAGAAUAUGUCCCUACAUGCCGUUUAGCCAUACCACGCGUGAUAAUACCACACGUGACCAUACAAUAGCGACGGUAUAAAGCACAGUUAUAUAGCAUGUCGCGAUACAGCGCUCGAUUAAACACGAAUCACGUGACCAUACAACACGUGAGGAUAUAACGCGAAGUAAUCUAACGCCGAGUUAUACAACCCGUCUAACGUUUGACUUUCGGGAUUCUGGAAGAUGAGGACAACAAGCAAUACCGAUAAAUUAGUACCCGUUUGGAAAACGAUGUCAACGGCAGUACUCUAACGCUUGGAAAUACCACGAACUUGCUCUGAACCGGUGAUUUAGAAGGUUACAGUCUCUUCUCUUCGAAGAAGGAUACCAGUGGGCAACUUUCCCUUUCUUCUUCACUUUCAUCUCGGUACUGCACGAUUUUACGCUAUGAUCACGCGUUUUCGUAUCGUUUCAUCUCUUUAAUUGGAUUCAAUACGUACUAAGAACACUCUUAGUACGAACAAAGCUCGUUCUCUAAGAAAGAAUGUGAUGCAGAUAAAAGCAUGCAAUGGCCAUCGAGUAUCGCUUACUCAUAGAGGGUAUUAUGUUUGGUUCUUGUCUGCGUUAGGUCUGGAUUAAAUUGCACAAAACAAGUAUCCAAUUUAAUACUUAAAGAUUUAACGCGGUUGAUUUGACGAUGUAUGUGACACAGAUUUAGUUGAAAUUAACAUUAAUAACGUUAUAUAUUAUUAUUUAUAACUUGUAGCUACAAAUAUUCGAAUUGUCCCGCGCUUCGGACAUCGGGUGAGAUCGGAUGAGGCGAUGUUCAAACCACAUCGGGAGAAUCUUUGAAUUUUUUAUUUUUUUGACACAAGUGUCUAA